AUGACUGAUGCAAGAGGAGAUGACGAUGAUUCAAUCGAUGAAGAUUUUUUCAGUGAUCGUACACCCGAAUUCGAUGAAGCUCGCCGACAUAAACAAGCAGCAAUCAAUCACCAUGCGAAACAAGAUGAUGAUUUUCAAAGUAAGAAGAAGCAAUUGAAUAGCGCAAGAAAACAGUUCGAACAGAAAUGCAAUGAGACUUUUAAUGCAAACGAUCUACUUCUGAACGAACUGGAAAAGCUUGUACAAGAAAUAGAACAACUUCAAACGGAAAAACAACAGUUUCACGUAGAAGAAAUUGACCAAAAUACCUCGCUCAGUACCGCAGAGAUCGUUAUUGAUAAUUGUAACUUGGAUCGAGCCGAUCUUGAACGUCGAGUGCAACAACAAAACAAUUUGAAGAAAAUUUUAAGUAAAGAAUACGAACAAUUAGAAAAAGAGUUAUGGAAUAUUCGAGAUAAAGAGGCAACAAAUGCUAAAGGGGAAGAUUAUUUACAAUCAUCAUUGAAAUCUUUACAAGAACAAAUCAGUCGAACAGUAGAUGAACUUGAUUUAAAUGAAAAAAACUUAGCAGAUCAAGCAUCCGCACGAGAUCAAUGUGAUCGUGAAAUGAAUGAAUUACGUCGGGACAUUUUGGAAAAUGAAAUGGAAAUUCAAAAUCUCGAACAAGAAAUCGCAAAAUUAAAUCAAGAAAAACGUAUUCUAGAGUUAACACAAGCAGAUCUUCAAAAACAACAGAAACAAUCAGAAAAAAUGAUUUCUGAACUAGAGAGAAUUGUCUCUGAAAAAGAACAAGGUCUUGCUCAGUCCGAAAGACAAAUAUAUCAUCUUCAAGAAAACAUGAGAAUUUUACGAGCAAAGCUCCAAGAAUUUGCGGAAUCAAUCCAGACUACUAACUCUAAAUUAGAAAUCAACGAAACAAACCUAAUUGCUGCUGAGCAAAAACUAAAUACUCUUAUUCUCACACGAAAAGAAUUCGAAGAAGCUAGACUGUUAUUAAAAAGAACUUCCGAAAAUCUCGAAGAUCAACGUAUUAAAACAGUCACUGAAGUAGCCGAUAUGCAAGAAAAAUUACGUACUAUGGAAAGUUUAAUUCAUCAGACAAAUACAAAUAUAAGAACGCUUGAACAACAGAUGAAAGAGCAGUCUAUCGAACUCCAAACAUUACGCAGUGAUCAAGAGAAUUCUCAGAGGACCUUAACUAAUUUAACCAAUCAAAGUGAUGAAUUAUCUGAACUUAAAGAUGAAGCCGUGCGACUAGAGCAACAAGCGAAGAAAGAAUAUACCGAGAGUGAACAAAAGUUGAUUCAAUUGAGAGAUGUUGAGCGUCAACAUAAAAUUCAAUAUGAAAAGGCGCUUAGUGAGGAGAAGCGACUCCAAGGACAACUUCAACAGGCCAAACUUGAACAGCAACAAGUAGAAGAAAAAUUACGUACUGCCGAAGCUCGAACAGCCGUUGAAAAAAUUAUCGAUAGUGGUUGGAAGUUACUAGGAUCAAUUGAUAUCAUCGGCCCUCUACUCUCGUGUCUGAAGGAGGAUUUACCGAAAGCUGAAGUCGCACUGAAUGAAGUCAAAACAAUACUGGGAGAAAAGAAGAAGCAAUACGAUGAACUUCGUAAGAGUCAUGAUGAAGCUAAAGGACGAACAGCUGAGUCUAAAUCAAAAUUGAAUGAUGCUUCUACAGAUUUUCAACAACAGCAAACAGUUGUUCAACAAAAAGAAACAUCAUUUAAUCAACAUAAAUUGAAUGCAGAACAGUUCGCAAAACAAUAUCGCGAUACUUUACGACAAAAGAAACAGAUCGAAUCGAACUUACAUCUAAUCGACGGUAAAUUACAACGAAUUGAGUCUGAAAAAAUUCGAACUAUGGAAGAUUUACAACAUCACAUGGAAGAGCAAACUUCCUAUAAGAGCCAAAGAAAAGAAACGCAAUCUAAUAUUCAAAGUUUAAAUAAAAACUUAGAACGACAAGAUCAAGCGAUCCGUGAAAAUCGAAUGAGUAUUGAUGAAAAUCGCAUCGAACUAAUCAACAUGAUACAGGGACAAAAUCAACAGCAGAACACCAUCAAUCAAUUGAAAAGUGCGUAUAUUGAUACAGAUAUAAUAGAUACAUUUUUUGACUAUAGCAGUCUAAUAAUUGUAGAUGAAAUUACAAAUCUGAAAGCAUCUCUCGUUGAGCUGGCCAAUGCCGAAAAGAGUGUAUAUUGUGAAAUAACUCAUCAGCAAACAUUGUUUGAAUCAGAAAGAAAAUCCAUGGAAGAGUUGCGUACCGGUAUCGAGAACAAGCAAUUAUGUAUUCGCAAUAUUGAGCAAGACUUAAUGAAUACAACAACAGAAUUAAAUGGAAUUAACAACAAACUCACCAACUAUAUUCAAAAGAGAACUGACAUUCAACAGAACAUCGUCACUAAAGGUACUGCAUUAAUUUCAUUGAAACAGCAACGUACAGUCAUAUGUUCUCAUAUACAAACUCAAAAUGCUAUUACAGAAAGUCUUCGUCGGAAACUGGAUGAGUUAAACCUACGUGACAAACAAGUAUUUGACAAUGUACAACAUCUCAAAGAUAAAAUAAACAUUAAGUUGCUAGAAAUACAAAAAAAUGAUGAGUCUAUUGAUCAAAUUGCUCAGAAAAUACAUGAUAUACAAAAACAACAAGAGCAAAGUAAACAAAUAAUCAUCACUUCGAAGAGAGAAUCAGAAAUGGCUAAACAAAAACUUCAUCAAAUCGAUCAAGAACUCGCCGAUCGCGAACAGAAAUAUCGUCAGUCAAAUGAAAAUCUUCGCCAAUUAACAGUGACUCUCGUUGAUGACGAACAAAACAAAACAAAUAUUAUUGAAAAACUCAAAAGACUUGAAAAAGUUAUCGCUGAUAAUAGAAUAGCCAGUUGUGAACGUAAGCAAGAAUAUGAACUAAAAGCAAUUGCUAUCAUUAAAAGCGAGAAAGAAAAAUGGAAAAAUGCAAAACUUAACAAUUCAGUGGCCAUGGAAGACAACCAACGAGUUACGCAACCGAAGUUAAUAUACAACCGUCGUUCGAAAAAUCUAUAG